CCUCCCCUCCCCCCACCCCUCCCCAAAACCCAAUCACCGCUCCGGGAAGCCCCUCCAUCCGGUCCGACCAAACCCCUCGCCGCCAUGCGCCUCUUCGCCGGCGUCCGCUUCGCCCUCCUCGGCUUCGAUCCCGUCUCCGACGCGCAGUACCGGUCGGAGAUGGUACGGCACGGCGGCGCCGACGCGGGGGGCGCGCAGGAGGGAUGCACCCACCUGGUCGUCAGCGGACUCGUCUACGAUGACCCGGUGUGCGUGGCGGCGCGGAAGCACGGGACGAAGGUCGUGACUGGGCUGUGGGUGGACGACUGCUUGGAUCUCGGAGCCAUGGCUGACGCCGAUCAUGUGCUGUACAGUCCAGUGAAAGAUCUGGAAGGCAUACCAGGUGCUGAAUCUCUCUGCAUUUGCUUGACGGGCUACCAAAGACAGAACGGGCGUGAAGCCAUAGUGAAAAUGGUUAAUAUGAUGGGAGCGCGGUUCUCCAAGCCUUUGACAGCAAAAAGGGUCACCCAUCUCAUCUGCUACCAAUUCGAAGGUGAGAAGUACGAGCUUGCUAAAAUGGUGAAGAUUAAUGUUAUUAAUCACCAGUGGUUGGAAGAUUGCUUAAAGGCAUGGGACAUUCUUCCUGUUGAUAAUUAUACUACCAGAAGUGGUUGGGAAUUGGAGAUAAUGGAAGCUGAAGCUAAAGAUUCCGAAGAUGAAUCACAAAGUGCUGAUAGAGGCUCGUCUGAGAGCAGGGGCAUUGCCAGAAGCAUCCCUGCUACGGAAAUUGCAACAAGAACUCCUGCUGAUCUGUAUGGUCACACACCAAUUCAUGGUCCUUCUGUCCUCUCCGGCAAUGCAGAGGUUCCUGCAGGAACACACGUGGGUGCUUCGCAACAGAUUAGAGAAGUGAAAGAUGCAAGUGAAUGGUCCGUUGAUGUCAUAGCUGACACACUGAGCACUCCAAACACAAAUGUUGUGACAAUUUCUGCUGAUCCUGAUGCCUAUGCCCAUGCACCACAAGUUGAUAAAGUUAAAGUUAUAGCUGCAGACUCAGAACAUGACAAGUUGGUUUCUCAUAAAACCUUUGAAGCCGUCCCUAAGGAGAUCCCAGUUACUGCAGUCCCUGGUGAAUUUGGAGUAUUUCCCCAGGAAGUAUCAACUUUGCAACAGAUUAAGGAAGUGGAAGAUGCAAGUGAAAGGUCACUUGACAUCAUGGCGGACAUACCGAGCGCUCCUAACACAAAUUCUGUGACAAUUUCUGCUGAUCCUGAUGCCCAUGCACCCAUCCACAGUUCUACUGUCUUCACUGGCAAUGCAGAUUCAGUGAUUCCUGCAGGAAGACGCUUGGAGACUUCACAGCAGAUUAGGGAAGUAGAAGAUGCCAGUAAAAGGUCACUUGAUGUCAGAGCUGACAGACUAAGCACUCCAAACAUAAAUGUUGUGACAAUUUCUGCUGAUCCUGAUGUCCAUGCACAUGCAUCACAAGCUAACAAAGUUGAAGUUGUAGCUGCAGACUCAGAGCAUGACUCGUUGGUUUCUCGUGCAACCUUCCAAGCAGGCCCUAAGGAGAUCCCAAUUACUGCAGUCCCUGCUGAAUAUGGAGUACUUCCCCAGAAAGUAUCAACUUCUAGUGUGAGAAAUCCUGGUGCCAAGAGGUCACGGACUCCUGAGGAUGAAACAGGUGCUGUAUCAGUACAUAGUAACUGUGACUUUGCUGCUUCCAAGUCCAAGCAUGGUAAAGUUCUUUCCAAUGGCAGUGUCAAAGCAGAUCUUGAAAAGAACUGUAGCCCGAGUGCUGCUGAAAGCACAACAUUCAUGCCUGAAGAAAUCUCGAGCAGAGCAAGGAAUGCAGGUGCCAAGAGCCCACACAAUUCCAACAGUGAGAUGAAUGAUGCGAUUGUGGUUUGCAAGACGAAGCCUGCUAAUAUGAAUAUGGAGGAAAACCCUACAACCAGCGCAUGCCCAACGGCUGGUAAAACGAAAAGAGUAUCUUUCGACUUAAGUUUUCGUGAGGCGGUGAAUUCAGAAGGUUCCACUUCAAAGGUUUCAAGCAGUGCAAGUGCAGACAACCCUGAAACAUGUAGCCCCGUACCUCUUAGUGUCCUGAAGCCCCGACGCAAGGUAGUUGCCAAGAGGAGGGGAUCAUCUUCUUUCCAAGAAGGGAGAUCUGGCAGUGAGGCUUGCAGAACAGUUAGUGUCUUAUCUGAAGCAUCAAAGUUGCCUGCAGAGAGUUCCACAAAUGCUGGCAUGGUGACAGUGUACAAGGAUCUCCGUAAUGCUGAUGAAGCCUGGGAAGUUACACCAGAAGAUUUGCAAAGCUCUAAACCUAGAAGCAGAAAGAGGCAGAAAACUGACCACAACAAGGAAAACAUACCAGCCAAUACUCGUCUCGCUCCUAAAUCAAAACGUGGGAAAAAACGUGGGAGUUCUGAAUGUGUCAGAAUAGCUGUAGAGAACAAGGAAUAUGUGACUGAUGACCGCAGUAUGACAGUGGGAAAUGAUGAUGGAUUCUCGUCCGUUUGGGAACCAGAACCUACAUGGUUUAUUUUAAGUGGGCAUCGCGUGUUGAGGAAGCAGUGCAGGUCGAUACUUCUGCGCCUGAAGGGAAGAGUUUGCAGCCAUUCACACCAUUGGCUUUUCCAAGCCACACAUUUUAUCACCCCUGAGCUCCGCAGAACUGAGAAAUUCUUUGCAGCUGCUGCAGCGGGGAGGUGGAUACUGAAGCCUGAGUACUUGUUUGCUUGCGCUGAGGCUGGCAAGCUAGUGGAUGCAGAAUCAUUUGAGUGGCACGGCGAUGGCCUUAACAACAGCCAAACAAUAAGCCUGGAUGCCCCGAGGAAAUGGCGGCACCUGAAGCAGCGCACCGGCCACGGCGCCUUCUACGGGAUGCGGAUCAUCAUAUAUGGGGACUGCAUUUCUCCAUCACUGGACACCCUGAGGCGCGCGGUGAGAGCCGGCGACGGCACGGUCCUGGCGACCGCCCCGCCCUACACGCGGUUCCUGAAGCUCGGCACGAUCAGCUUUGCGGUGGUGGCCGCGGACACGCCGAGCAACGACGCGUGGGUGCAGGAGUUCAAGAGCCACGGCAUCCCAUGCGUGAGCCCGAGCUAUCUGGUGGACUAUGUGUGCAAGCCCGGCCACCUGGAGCAGCAGCACAGGCACGUCCUCUUCGGCAUGGAGGACCUGGCCGACGAGUCCCUGCGGAAGCUGCCGUCGUCGGCCCAUCAGCAGGAGGGAGGCGACACCGACGCCGAGCAGAGCUGCGGCGCCGGCGCGAUGGUGGUGGUGCACGAGUCAGAAGGCCCGAUCUCGUGCGUGGCCGCCGGAGACGCGGCGGAGAUCGCCUCGGCCUCCUGAUCGCUCACGGUACCUGGGGGUGCAUAAUUAUGCGGCUGAUGUUUUUUUUGACGGGAUAAUUCAUAAUUAUGCGACUGAUGUAGCGUCAAAUGGUAGACACCUUGGGUGCUGGCAGAGCGAAACGGAAUGGCGAAGAGGUCGGUCUUGUGAGAGCUGUUUGACCGUUUCGGGUUAGGAACGUUUUGGGAUUUAUAUCUAUCAGUGCUGCCAACUGUUUCCUAGUUA